UUGCAAUCAGUCGGUCACUCCGAUGCGAUUAGAAGCCCCAUUUCUUGGCGAGGGUUUACAAUUGGGCAGAAGCACUCUAUGUAGCUGACCUGCUCUUGCGUCUAUCCCGUUACGAUUUCCGGCGGAUUCCGGGUUGGAUCUCCGGUCAGGUGACCAUUUGCUGUUGCAUUGUAGUUCAAGUGAGAUGGCAGCUUCACAUAAUGUCGAGAUGGAGGCUGCCAAGUUUCUUCAGAAACUUAUUCAAGAAUCUAAAGAUGAACCUGCAAAAUUGGCUACAAAACUUUAUGUGAUAUUGCAACAUAUGAAAUCUAGUGGCAAGGAACAUUCAAUGCCAUAUCAAGUAAUAUCAAGGGCCAUGGAGACUGUUAUUGAUCAACAUGGCCUUGACAUUGAAGCUUUGAAGCUAUCACGCCUUCCUUUGACCAGUGGUAAUCAAAUGGGUGAUUCAACAUCUGCUCAGUUUGCUGGGUCAUCACAACCAGGCGGGGUUGCAAAAGAUUCAAAAGUGGGCUUGGCCGAAAAUGAGAUGUCUAAAGUUGACCCAUUUACUUCAAACAGGCCACCUGUUGGCCCAAGCAGUGCAGGACAUGAUUAUUAUCAAGGAUCUGUGGCUCAUCGGAAUAGUCAGUCUUUUGAUCAUGAAAGCCCAUGUAGUUUGGAUUCUAGGUCUGCCAACUCAAAAUCACAAGAAAGGCAGCAGAGAGAUGGUAAAAAAGUCACCACAAAGAGGAAGAGGGGAGAUACAUCAUUACAAGUGGAACAGAAUAUUGAUAACAAACUUGAUACUCGAAAUGCUGUUGUCAAUCCAAGGAAGGGGAAGAUGAACAAGGUUGAACCACCUGCGAGUCUUUCAGUUAAAGGGGGUGAGAAUACCAACUUUAAUGUGGUUCCAAGUAGUGGCCAAAUGGAACAUUUUGCAUCUUUGUCUGGUAACAUGAGACCAACGCUUAGAGCCAAGCAAGAGGGCCAGCAUAUGAUAGAAAAGCAGAUGGAGUCGGCAAAUAUAAGCAAUUCAAUGCGGUUUUCUUCUAAUGUUGCUCCUGGUAAUAUGACAGCAGAGAUUCCGACACAGCAGUCAACAGCUCCGUCUCUUGGAACAAGUGCUUUUGGAAAGGUUCAGGGAGGGAUGCCUGUUGCCUCUAGCUCUUAUCCGGCAGUAGACCCAGGAUUCUCAAGUCCAAUGCAAUUCAGUGGUUCUUUGGGGCCUGGAGUAGGAAGUUCUAACAUAUCAGUCGAUGCGAACAAGAGUGGCAGGCAAAACAGUGUUUCUGAAAUGAGUAUGCUUAGGGGUGGGGCUACUAGAGAUACAGGGAAAGCUCCACUUCCCCAUGCUCCCAUGGCCUCUGGCAUGCCUUUCAGAGAACAACAGUUGAAACAGCUUAGAGCCCAGUGCCUUGUCUUUUUAGCAUUCAGAAAUGGUUUGUUGCCAAAGAAGCUGCAUCUUGAAAUUGCACUUGGAAAUUUCUUCCCUAAAGAAGGUGGCAAUACAGAUGGACCUUGCAAGGAGCUGAUUGACCAUAAAGGGAAAGCUCAGUCUUUGAAUGAGCCAAGUAGCAAUCCUGAUGUUAUGAUGCCGUUUGUAAGGCUCAACACAGCAAGGGAAACUGAUAUAAUCCCUCCAGUUGCCUCAUCUACUGGAAGACUCAUGGAGGCUGACUCCUUCCCAAAAGAAGGUGAGAGUCUAAAAGUGUCAGAGGACAAAAAUGGUCCAACUUCUGACAUUUCUGUACUUGCAGAGGAAAAGAAACAUGUUAUAGUUGCGAGAAAACCUGAGGCUGUAACACAUAGUCAGGAAAUAGCAGCUUCACAGGCAUAUCUAAGCAUGGGAUCACAGCACCCAGAUUCUUUCGAUAUGAGGGGGGCAUUUGCUGUUAGUAAUCCUGUGGAAGAUGUUGAGAUUGGCCAUCAGCAAGUUGGAAGAGCUAACCUAGCUGCUUCUACAAUGGGCAUCAAUAAGCAUAUGAACCCAGAGAUAAGUAGCUGGACUGGAAUUGGCAUUCAUAAUGAAGUUUCUAGAGGUCCCUUACUGGCCCCUUCUCCUCAGUAUGAAUCCAUGCCAGAAAGAAAAGAUGGAGUUGACAACGAUCAUCAAACUGCAAUUCAAAUGAAGGAUGCCAAUGUGAUGUCAAAAAAACAAGAUGAGGAAGAUCAGUCAGUAUUUGCUGAUAUGUCACCUUCUCCGAAGUACACCAUGUCAGAAAAAUGGAUUAUGGAUCAGCAGAAAAAGAAACUCCUAGUUGAGCAAAGUUGGGCACUGAAACAGCAAAAGGCAAAGCAAAGAAUUGCCACUUGUUUUCACAAAUUAAAGGAAAACGUGAGCUCAUCUGAAGAUAUAUCUGCAAAAACCAAAAGUGUCAUAGAACUGAAAAAACUGCAACUGCUGGAUCUUCAACGCCGUCUCAGGAGGGAUUUUCUGAAUGAUUUCUUCAAACCAAUUACAACUGAAAUGGAUCGCUUGAAAUCGUGUAAGAAACAUAAACAUGGUAGGAGGAUAAAACAAAUUGAAAAGUUUGAGCAGAAAAUGAAGGAAGAGCGACAAAAGAGAAUUCGUGAGAGGCAAAAGGAGUUCUUCAGUGAGAUUGAAGUUCACAAGGAAAGACUCGAUGAUGUAUUCAAAAUUAGGAGAGAACGUUGGAAAGGUUUUAAUAAGUAUGCGAAGGAGUUCCAUAAAAGAAAGGAACGCAUUCAUCGGGAAAAGAUUGAUAGAAUCCAGCGUGAAAAGAUUAACUUAUUGAAGAUCAAUGAUGUGGAGGGUUAUCUGCGAAUGGUGCAGGAUGCCAAAUCAGAUCGUGUUAAGCAACUUCUCAAGGAGACGGAGAAGUAUCUUCAAAAGCUUGGAUCCAAGCUGCAGGAGGCUAAGUCUGUGGCAGGACGCUUUGAGCAUGAUAUGGAUGAGAUAGGAACUGCAAGUGUUGUUGAGAAGAGUGAAAGUAUUUUUGAAAAUGAAGACGAAAGUGAUCAAGCAAAGCAUUAUAUGGAAAGCAAUGAGAAGUACUAUUUGAUGGCUCAUAGUAUAAAAGAGAACAUUGCCGAGCAGCCAUCUUCCCUUCUGGGAGGAAAACUGAGGGAGUAUCAAAUGAAUGGACUAAGGUGGUUGGUUUCACUUUACAACAACCAUUUGAAUGGAAUUCUUGCUGAUGAAAUGGGCCUCGGUAAAACUGUUCAGGUUAUUUCUCUAAUAUGUUACCUCAUGGAAACCAAAAAUGAUAGAGGGCCUUUUCUUGUGGUGGUUCCUUCUUCAGUUCUACCUGGAUGGGAGUCAGAAAUCAACUUCUGGGCCCCUGGUGUACUCAAAAUCGUCUAUGCUGGGCCUCCUGAGGAGCGGCGUAGACUAUUUAAGGAAAAAAUUUUUCAUCGGAAAUUCAAUGUCCUUUUGACAACAUAUGAGUAUCUGAUGAAUAAGCAUGAUAGACCAAAACUAAGUAAAAUAGAUUGGCAUUAUAUUAUAAUUGAUGAGGGUCACCGCAUAAAGAAUGCUUCUUGUAAAUUGAAUGCUGAAUUGAAGCACUAUCAGAGCUCUCACCGAUUGCUGUUAACUGGAACUCCACUACAGAACAAUCUUGAGGAAUUGUGGGCACUACUUAAUUUCUUGUUGCCUAAUAUUUUUAAUUCUUCGGAGGACUUUUCUCAAUGGUUCAACAAACCGUUUCAGAGUAAUGGUGAUAAUUCGCCUGAUGAAGCCUUACUGUCUGAGGAGGAGAAUCUUUUGAUCAUAAACCGACUUCACCAAGUACUUCGGCCAUUUGUACUUCGGAGGCUGAAACACAAGGUUGAAAAUCAGCUGCCUGAAAAGGUUGAGAGACUUAUAAGAUGUGAGGCCUCUGCAUAUCAGAAGCUUUUGAUGAAGAGAGUCGAAGAAAAUCUUGGUUCUAUUGGAGCUUCAAAGGCUCGAACUGUCCACAACUCUGUUAUGGAGCUCCGCAAUAUAUGCAAUCAUCCAUAUCUCAGUCAGCUUCAUGCAGAGGAGGUUGAUAAUUUAAUACCUCAGCAUUAUCUGCCACCGAUUAUUAGACUGUGUGGGAAGCUUGAGAUGCUUGAUCGGUUACUACCCAAACUUAAAGCAACAGAUCAUCGGGUUCUUUUCUUUUCCACAAUGACUAGGCUGCUUGAUGUCAUGGAGGAAUAUCUUAAUUUGAAACAAUAUCGGUACCUUCGAUUGGAUGGGCAUACAUCUGGGGGUGAUCGCGGUGCCCUUAUAGAUCUGUUCAACCGACAGGAUUCGCCCUUUUUUAUUUUUCUGCUCAGUAUUCGAGCUGGUGGUGUUGGAGUGAAUCUUCAAGCUGCUGAUACUGUGAUUAUAUUCGACACCGACUGGAAUCCACAGGUUGAUCUGCAAGCGCAGGCAAGGGCUCAUAGAAUUGGCCAGAAGAGAGAGGUGCUUGUUCUUCGAUUUGAAACUGUCCAAACCGUUGAAGAACAAGUAAGAGCUGCAGCUGAGCACAAACUGGGAGUUGCGAAUCAAAGCAUUACUGCUGGUUUCUUUGACAAUAAUACAAGUGCUGAAGAUCGGAGAGAGUACUUGGAGUCCCUCCUGCGGGAGUGUAAGAAAGAGGAAGCUGCACCUGUACUAGAUGAUGAUGCCCUAAAUGAUAUCAUAGCCCGCAGUGAAUCAGAGAUUGAUGUAUUUGAAUCAGUUGACAAACAAAGGCGGGAGCAAGAGAUGGCGACAUGGAAGAAAUUGGUAUGUGGACAGGGGAUGGAUGCUUCUGAUCCUUUACCUCUCCCACCUGCUCGCCUUGUUACAGAUGACGACUUGAAAGAAUUUUGUGAAGCAAUGAAGAUAUUUGAAGUGCCACAGGCUGGGGUAGUAUCUAACGUCGGGGUAAAGCGGAAGAGUGGUUAUCUUGGAGGCCUUGAUACUCAACAUUAUGGACGGGGCAAACGGGCUAGAGAGGUGCGUUCUUAUGAAGAGCAAUGGACUGAAGAGGAAUUUGAGAAGAUUUGUAAGGUCGACUCCCCUGAAUCUCCCAAACCAAACGAAGAAGGGAUGCAGACAAAGUUUGCAAUAGAUUCUAGUAGGUCUGUGGGGGCUGUUAUUAGCUUUGAACCUCAUGCUCCAACCCCACUGCCCCCCCCACCACCAUCUGGGGAGCCUCCCAUUUUGCAGCAGAGCAAAGAGGUAACACUGCCUUCAAAACGGGGCCGAGGAAGGCCGAAAAGAGCAACAUUGGAUAAGUCGCCAGUUGCCAUGGUUCCUUUAGCACCUCCUGGGCCUGUCGAAAUGACGAAUACAAUAUCUGGUUCUGAUUUGUUACCUGGUUCUACUAUAGGGGAGGGUACAAGUGGAACCAUGCAUCAUAUUGGUGUAGGGAUUACACCUAGCUCUCAGCCUGCCACUGUUUUACCUCCUGUUACUCCUGGCUCUGAACCAACUGUUGCUUCCCCUUCUGUAUCCAUUCAAGUAAAAGGACAAGGUCGGAAAACUCAAAGUGGAGUCGAAACCCCCCGGCGUAGGGGAAAGAAACCAGGGCUGGUAACACCUGCUGUGCCUGAUGGUUUAGUUGGUCCUGAUCCAAGACUAAAUGAGCAAUCACAAAUUCAAGCCCUAAAUCCAUCUGGGAGUCAAGCCAUUGCCAUGAGUGGAAAUAUAUCUGACCAUACUUCAGAUUCUUUGCCUGGUUCUGCUGCCUUAACAUGUUCCGCUGGAACUGAUCAGCAUUCUGAUGUGGGGAUUGCUUUGAAUUCUCAGGCAAUCCCCCCUUUGCCUUCUGCUUCUUUGGUUUCUCAAUCCACCCCACCUUGUCCUUCUGUACCCAUGCAAAUUAGAGCUCAAAGCCAAAAGACGCCAAGUGGAGUAGGAGUGCCUCGGCGUAGGGGGAGGAAACCGGCAAUGGUUUCACCUGCAGUUUCAGGUGUGUUGGCUGGCCAGGAUUCAAAACCAAAUGCACAUUCACAGGAUAAAUCUGGUUAUUCAGAGCUUAUUAAGAAAGAGAAUAAUGCUCAUGAAACGACAACUGUUGUCCAGGAGCAAACAUGUCAUCCACCUGAUGGUGUUUCUGGUCAGGAUAAAAAAUUAAUUGAACAGCUGGAUAAUUUUGCCCAAGCCAAGCAGAUAACAGGUUCAUCAACAAUGCAAGAAAAUGCUGCCAGAUUGCCAGGGAAUGCCUCAGGGAAAACUCAAAAUACUGGUGUGUGUGAGAAGCAACCCGUGCCAGUUGAGGUUUUGUCUGAAAAUGUUUUGUCAAAACCGAAACUUAGUGAGCUUUGGAAUAGCCCAGGUGGGGUUGUUCCAAGUGUAACUCUAUCAAGUAAUACUGUUGUUGAGACGAUAAAAAGCUAUAGUUCAGAGGAUAAAAGCCAUCCGGUGGUGUCAGCUUCGAAUGCUGCAGCUCCAGUUUUUGGUCUUCCAGCUGAUUCCUUCUCUAGCUCUCCUUCCAUGGAAGGCCUCAGUAUGACAGUGCCUAAUGUUGCUGCCAAGAUUGCUCCUAAUCCUGAGUCAACUGCUUCUUAUGCUUAUGUUGCCCCAGCCUCUCAAUCUAUCCCUCCUUGCCCUUCUGAACCUAUGCAAAACAAAAGGCAAGGUCGUAAGACUCCAGCCAGAGUAGAGGCAACCCGGCGUAGAGGAAAGAAACAUUCUCUAGCAGCACCUGCUGUUCCUGAUGGUUCGCUUAGUCAGGAUCAAAAAUCAAGUCUGCAAUCACAGAAUAGAUCUGGGGAUUCGAUGGGGACUAAAGCCAUUUCCCUGAGAGGUAAGCAGGGAACUGAUGUGCAGGAACCAAGCGUUGUUAUUCAAGCUCCAGCAUGUGAAGUCCAUUCACCUGGAGGUUUAACUGUUCAUGAUCCAAAAAGAAAAGAGCGAUCAGCCAAUGCUACCCCAAAUAAGCAGCCAACCAGCUCAUCAGCAAAGCUUGACAGUGGUUCUGGGACUUCAGAUAAGACGUCUGCUUUAGGUCGAAUUCAGACUGCUAAUGUGAAUGAUGUUGCUCGUGUGAUGAAGGAGGUUUUUUCAGGAACUUGCUCUCCAAAAACUCGAAUUGUUGAGUCAUUUGGAAGUGAAGGGAGGGAUCCCCCAAAAUUAGCUGUAUCAAGUAAAACCUCAGUGGAGGUAACCAAAAUUGAGAGGUCGGAGGAUAAAGCAUGUUCAGCUUUGCCAACCAUGGAAAAAACACCUCCAGCUUUUGUUGAAGAGCAAUUGGCGACUAAAGGUGAGGGGAAAGUCGACGAAGACAAGGCUUCUGUUGUGAGUGAGAGCCUUGUUCCCAUGACCAAUGGAGACCAACCUCAGAACAAUUAUGCUUCUGUCUCCAUUGGUGAGGUGGAAGAUUCAGGACAGCUUUCUAAUGAAAACUCAACUUCGCCAAAUAAAACAGAGAGCAUUUGUGCGGCUCCUCUCAAUGCUGGCCAAAAGAAUGUUGAUGCUUGCCCGAGAACACCUCAGGAUAGUGAUCUUCCUGGAUUUAGCACUGGGGCCUCUAGCGAUCAGGUGUAUUCAUCUUCGAUAUGUCCAGUAGAGGUGGAGCCUCCUGUUGCAUUUGAUAAUGAUUCUACUGAAAAACCAGGGUCUUCUGAUGAUAUUAACUGCCCCGAAGGUCUUGGAGUUUUAGGAAAAUCUGAUGAUGUUGGUGAUCAUCUUAGAGGCACCUCACCUAUUUUGGAAACUCCAGAUAACUCCGGCUUAGUAGUGGCUGCUGAUGUGGUUGAGACUGAGAUUGAUUCUGGGAACAAAACUGAGAGUGCUGUUGAAGAAUCUUCUCCUUGUGAUGUCAGAAGCAUUGAGUAUACCACGAGUCCCAUAACAGCUGAUGAUAUUGGUGAUCAUUCCAGUGUGGUGGAGCAUCCUGGUGUAACCAAGGGUAAUUCUGAAAACAAUGUAGACCCUUCUCCAAAAGAGUCUCCCAAAUCUUCUCCUCUAGACAUUAAAAGUCUUCAAGGUUCCACACAACUUCCUUUAAGUCGAGAAUAUUCCGACGUUAAUAAUUUUAAUGUGAGUGUUUCUGAUAAGUUCAACUUGCCUUCUGUUGAAGCUAAAGCUACCGAAUGCUCUGGUGGAGCUAUUGUAGAGGGCUUGGAACUUCCCCAAAAAGAUAUUAAUGCUGGAGAUGUUCAGGAACCAGUUGGCACUGCAUCAGGUUAUGGUACUCCAAAAUCAGAUCAGACUCCCUCUGACAAGGGUCAAACAGGUGUUCCAUGUGGUGUUGGUGAAGAAGGGGAAGUUAGGUUGGAGACUGUGCACUCAGUGGUUGCAUCUGCUAAUGCUAAUGAUGCUCCGUUGCUGCCAGAAAUUCAAAGUUCUGGGGCUGACUGUGCUGGGAUUUGCAAUAUGGAAGUGGACCUAACUGAGGGUUUGUCUGAGCAGGAUCCAAUUAGCACCUUAGCACUACCGGAGGAUUCGGAAUGUCCUGAAGCUGAGAUGAGUGAUGCAACUGACGCAUCUCAGGUUUGUGAGAUUUUUCCAGAAAGAAACAUAUCAGGAAACAGUGAUCUGCCUUCAUCAUUCUUGGUGACCGAGGGAAAGGAGGUUGACACCUAUAUGAGUCCACUUGGCAGCUCAUUUGCUGUGGAGGAUUCGAAACGAUCCAAACCUACAAUGGAUGAUCAAAUGAAUGUUCCUCUGGUUUGUGGGACUGCACCGGUGAGCAUUUUAGAAGACAUGGAUCUGCCUCAAUGUUCCUCAGCUACAGAGGGUAAAAAUACUGAGAGCUCAUCUGAGAAGGGUCCAGUUGGUAGCAUAAUGGCAAUGGAAGAAUCAAUUGUUUCUAAACCUGAAAGGGAUGAUCAAACAGAUGCUUUUUUGGAUCAUGAACCUGUGGCAGGUAACGUUUUAGAAAGUGUGGAUCUGCCUAUAUGUCCAUCAGCAGCCGAGAGUGAAAAUGUUGAUGGUUUAUCAGAGAUGGGUCCUGUUGGCAGCUCAGAAACAGUGAAUGUAUCAAAAGAGUUGGAAGCUGAAGAGGCUCAACAAAUAGAUGUUUCUGAGCACAGUGGGCUUCUACUUGCAAGUAUAUCAGAACAUGUGAUUCUGCCUUCUGUUCCCUUGGAGGAAGAGGACAAAAAGAUCAGCUUUGACAAGGAUCCAGUUACUAGCUCGGUUCCACUGGAGGAAAGUGAUGGUUCUGAAGCUGAAAUGGGUGAUCAAAUGGAGGCAUCACAGGCUUGUCUGAUUGUUCCAGAAAAUACUGUGUCAGAAAACAUGGAUUUGCCUUCAUCUUCUUUAAGAACAGAGAAAGAGGAAACUGAGGGUUUGACUGAGAAGGGUCCAGUUAGCAGCCUGGAAGAAUCAUUUUGUCCUGAAGCUGAGAUGUGUGGUAGAGAUGGUGCAUCUCAGGUUUGUGGGACUUUGCCACAAGAAAAUAUAUCAGAAAACAUUGAUCUGCCUUCAUCAACCAUGGUGGAGGAGAAAAAGGUUGAGGACUCCAAUAUGCGUUCAGUUGGUAGAUCAGCAGCCCUGGAGGAGAAAAAGGUUGAGGACUCCAAUAUGUGUUCAGUUGGUAGUUCAGCAGCCCUGGAGGAAUCAAAAGGAUACAAAGCCGAAAUGGAUGAUCAAAUUAUGGUUUCUCAGGAUUGUGGCAUUGUGCCAGGAAAAGCUUCAGAAAACAUGGAUCUGCCUCAUAGUCCCUCUGCAACAGAAGUUGGAAAUAUUGAGGGCUUAUCUGAGAAGGGUCCAGUUGGCAGCUUAGUAGCAGGGGAGGAAUCAAAUGACCGGAUGAAUGUAUCCCAGGUUCCUGGGAUUGUGCAUGGAGAAAAUAUUUCUGAAGACAAUAAUCUGGCUUCAUUUUCCAAAGUGACUGAGGAAGAAAAGGUUGAGGACUCCUCUGAUAUGGCUCCAGUUGCCAGCUCAGUGGCACAGGAGGAAACAAACAGAUCUGAAGCUCAGGUUUGUGAGAUUGUGCAAGGGGAAAAUAUGUCAGAAGACAUUCAUCUGCCUUCGUCUUCCAUGGUGCGUGAGAGAGAAAAUAUUGAGAACUCAGAAACAGCUCCAUUUUCCCGCUCAGUGGGAGUGGAGGAAUCAAAAUUGUCUGAGGCUGUGGUCUGUGGGCUUGUGCCAGAAAAUGUUUCAAGAAAUUUGGAUCUGCCUCAAAGUAUCUCAGCAGCAGAGGGUGAAAAUACUGAGGACUUAUCUGAGAAGGGUCCAAUUGGCAGCUUAGUAGCAACUGGGGAAAAAAAUGAUUCUAAACUUGACAUGGUUGAUGAAAUGGAUGCUUCACCGGUUGAUGAAACUGUGCCAGAAAAUGUUUCAAAAAAUUUGGGUCUGCCUCAAAGUAUCGCAGCAGCAGAGGGUGAAGAUAACGAGGGCUUGUCUGAGAAGGGUCCAAUUGGCAGCUUGGUAGCAACUGAGGAAACAAAUGAUUCUAAACCUGACGCAGUCGAUGAAAUGGAUGCUUCCCCGGUUGAUGAAACUGUGCCAGAAAAUGUUUCAAAAAAUUUGGGUCUGUCUCAAAGUAUCGCAGCAGCAGAGGGUGAAGAUAACGAGGGCUUGUCUGAGAAGGGUCCAAUUGGCAGCUUGGUAGCAACUGAGGAAACAAGUGAUUCUAAACCUGACGCGGUCGAUGAAAUGGAUGCUUCGCCGGUUGAUAAAACUGUGUCAGGAAAUGUUUUAAAAAAUUUGGGUCUGUCUCAAAGUAUCGCAGCAGCAGAGGGUGAAAAUAACGAGGGCUUGUCUGAGAAGGGUCCAAUUGGCAGCUUGGUAGCAACUGAGGAAACAAAUGAUUCUAAACCUGAUGCAGUUGAUGAAAUGGAUGCUUCACCGGUUCAUAAAACUGUGCCAGACAAUGUUUCAGCGAACAUGGAUUUGCCUGUGUGUUCAUCAGCUGCAGAAAGUGAAAAAGUUGAGAACUCAUCCGAAAAGGCUCCGGCCGAUAGCUUAGAACUGGUUCUCAACUCAUCCGAGAAGGCUCCGGCCGAUAGCUUAGAAGAAGUGGAUCUCAACUCAUCCGAGAAGGCUCCGGCCGAUAGCUCAGAAGAAGUGGAUAAGUCAAAAUUUUCCAAAGCUGAUGGGGUAUAAAUGUAGAAUUUCCUUGUACAGUUCUGGCUGUCAUUUCCUGCUGAUAUCAAUUGAUUCUGCUCAAUUAGACGAUACGUAGUUAAGAAUUUUGUUGCCCUAUAUCUAAGUUAUCACCUGCUUUCCAGUUA